AUGGUCCGUUUGUUAACGGAUCGGCAAGCUGAAGAGCUGCACAAGUCUAUCAUAGCAUAUCUCUCAGCGAACAACCUACCGGAGACGGCUGCGACCCUCAGGAAGGAACUGGCCAUUGCCGAGGACAGCUUCGAUGCAAGUACAGUGAAAAAGUAUGAAACAUUGCUGGAGAAGAAAUGGACAAGCACAGUCCGCCUACAGAAAAAGAUAAUGGACCUUGAGUCCCGAAAUGCAACCUUGCAAUCGGAACUUGACAGCUCGACGCCUGCCUCCCUCCGUGCACGUAAUAAAGACCCCGAAUCCUGGCUUCCGCAGCAACACCCCCGGUACUCACUGCAUUCGCAUCGCGACACCAUCAAUUGUAUCGCAUUUCAUCCCAAAUUUUCUUCCAUUGCCUCCGGGUCUGACGACUUCACGAUUAAAAUAUGGGACUGGGAACUUGGAGAAUUGGAGAUGACACUCAAGGGCCAUACAAGAGCGGUGCGCGGACUCGAUUAUGGCGGUCCUCCAGGGGGCAUCCUUCUGGCCUCCUGCAGUUCCGACCUUACCAUCAAGCUAUGGAAUCCGACAGACGGCUAUAAGAAUUUUCGGACGCUACAGGGCCACGACCAUAUUGUUAGCGCCGUGCGUUUCAUACCAAAUGGGAGCUUGCUUGCCAGUGCAAGCAAAGACAACGACGUGAGGUUAUGGGAUGUAACUAAUGGGUAUUGCGUGAAAACGAUAUCAGGGCACACGGGCUGGGUACGGGACGUCUGUCCAUCAAUCGAUGGAAAGUUCCUGCUCUCUACCGGAGACGACAUGACUGUCCGACUCUGGGACAUUUCCUUGGCGAAACCGGAAAACAAGCUGACCUUGAUCGGCCAUGAGAACUUCAAUGAGUGCUGCGCGAUUGCUCCACCAACCUCCUAUCGCUAUCUUGCGCCUUUAGCAGGAUUGAAGGUCUCAUCUGCGGGGACUACGGCAGAGUUCAUGGCGACUGGAUCGCGCGACAAGACCAUCAGACUCUGGGACGCCCGCGGGAAAUGCCUCAUGACGUUAAUCGGCCAUGACAACUGGGUACGGGCGGUUGUUUUCCACCCCGGAGGGAAAUAUCUUCUUUCUGUCUCGGAUGACAAGACAAUACGCUGUUGGGACUUGAGCCAAGAAGGGAAAUGUGUGAAGACGCUCAGGGACGCUCAUGAAAGUUUCAUCACUUGCCUGAAGUGGGCCCCGGGUAUAGCCAAAGAUAUACACACGGAUCCUGCUAGUGCUUCGGGGGCACAGACUGCGGAUGGCACAGAGGCAGCGAAGAGUAAGGCCGGCGGAGAAACCUCGCAGAUCCGUUGUGUUAUUGCGACUGGCAGCGUGGAUCAGAAGCUACAGAUAUUCGCUGGCUGA